AUGAAACACCUCCUCGGGGUCAGUCUGACUCUUGUCGGCUUAUUCACGUCACAUGGGCACUCUAGAGUUAUCAGCAAAGACCAGGAGUGUGUUUCCGCUGUCUUUGGUAUUGUCGGAGGUCUCAACUUCGAAGGCAUUGGCUACGGCAACUACUAUUUGGGGAUCUGUCAGAACCCUCUAAAAGUCGUCUCCACCUACGCCAUCUCCAAGACCUAUUGCUCGUCCGCUGACCUAGGUCCCGGUUUCGAAUACCUCAACUGGGCCUGCCUACAAUAUGCCGGCGCUGGACUUAUACCAGAGGCAGAUGUGGCUGUCAACUUGACUGAUGAAGCAAUAAGCCGCUAUCCUAUCCUUGAUCAGGACGACGUAAUCGUUCCGAAGAAUCUCACGACGCCAGUUAUGGUUACGCGAGAUUGGUUCGACUUGGGCUUCCGUACAGAGGACACAUGGGACUAUGAGCUACGUACGCACCCUACGUAUGGGUGGGCUAUGUAUGGAUUCUGGGGUGGUAUCCUCCUCAUCGGAAUGCUACGUCGACUCAUCACCUACAUCGUCGAAAGCCGAUUAUCUCCAUUGUCCACCGACCCUGAAGACCUCGGAGCAGCGGAUAGUCGCGAGAAACCAACAGCAGGAACCAAGUCGCUUGCAUAUAUGUACUCACGAAUCCGCAAGCACCUUACUAUUCCAAGCGGUUUACCUCCGUAUCACAGCCAACUCUUGUUCGGAUGCACCAUACCAACUCGAAUCGAGUCGCUAGUCAUCAUCUCAUGUUGGAUCCUCAAUUUCGUUCUUUGCUGCGUAAACUAUCGUGGAUUCGAGGGCAACCUAUACUGGUCUGCGGUGUCACCUCAAAUAUGGCGAUAUAUCUCUGAUCGAGCGGGCAUCAUCGCUUACGCCAACCUGCCGUUGAUGUGGAUGUUCAGCGGUCGUAACAAUAUCUUCAUCUGGCUCACAGGCUGGUCAUUUUCUACAUUUAAUCUCUUCCACAGGCAUAUCGCUCGCAUAGCAACGUUACAAGCCAUCAUUCAUUCCGUUGGAUACACGGUAUUCUAUUUCGAAAUUGAAGGAGAAUCAAAUUUAGCGGAAGGUUAUAAGUUACAAUGGCAUGAUGCUUGGUUCUACCUAGGAGCUGUGGCAACGAUUGCGAUGAGUAUUCUUGUGUUCUCUUCCUUCAGUUGGUUCCGACGCAGGAUAUAUGAUUCCUUUCUUCUGCUCCAUAUCCUUUUGUCCGUUGUGUUGAUUGUCGCUCUCUUCUACCACACUUCGAUCUUCGACGGGGAAUAUAAUCCAUAUUUAUGGCCUCUCGUUGCUAUCUGGUGCUUCGAUCGUUUCCUAAGAAUCGUUCGAGUAGUCUACUGCAAUCUCCACGUUCAACUACAUAAGAAGACACUCCAUCGCAGCACUGCCGCCAUUUCCUACGACCAGGACGCGAAUUUCAUCCAGAUUGAUAUCAACACGCACGUAAAGCCAGGACCUGGCAAGCACUAUUAUCUCUACCAGCCCUUCCGCUUCACUGGCUGGGAGAAUCACCCUUUGACUUUGGCCUAUUGGAGCCAGUCUGCGGUAGAAACCAGCCAAAGUCAACAAAGAGAUGACACAACAGAUCCGCCUUCAAAAACCGCAGCAAUUGAAGGCGAGUAUCUCCUCUCUUUCUGGAUUCGCCCAUAUGAUGGCUGGACUCGCCAUCUCCGUGAUCAGUGUCUCAAGUCCCAGCCUCUAUCCAAGCUCCCUUCAAUCAUUACAGAGACUAUCCUUCUUGAGGGGCCUUACGGCAUCGCAGAGCCCCUGUGGACUUUUGACGAGGUCCUUCUUAUUGCGGGUGGAUCCGGCAUCACGGCCAUGGUUCCGUACAUACUUGACCACAUUGCAAGAACCGCCUCGUCCAAUAAAUCGAGCCAGACACGCAUACGUGGGCUGACACUGAUCUGGACCAAUCCUAAAGAAGCCUUUAUCCGUCGGAUUGCCCAGCGGGAACUCGCGGCGGCACUUAAACGAGACGAUGUCCGUGCCACGGAAAGCGGUGUAUUAAAAGGCAAAGAGGAGACAGACAUAUCUGAAUCGGCAGAUGGCGCAGACGAGGCCUGUUCUUUGCCUAUCACAAUGUGCAGGCCAGAUAUACCGGCAAUCAUUGAGAAGGCAGCGGCCUCUGCUACCGAGUCCGGAUCACGACUUGCGGUCAUGAGCUGCGGUCCUGGUAAAAUGUCAGAUGCAGCUAGAGAGGCGACAUAUCGAGCUAUACGUCAACAGAACAAUUCUGUUGAGUAUUUUGAAGAAUCAUUCGGGUGGUAG